GGAUAGUACUAUAUUGUUGCAUAGUUUAUUUAACGAAGAUGCGUGCCAGACAGCCUCAGAAAUUUAAACGCGAAGACAUAGCUGUUUGGCUAAUGAUGGCAUUUUUCUUUACUCUUGCUUUGAUGAUUAUCAUUCCUAAUGUUUGGAUUAGGGAGCCAAAACCUUCCCUGAAUUCCUCAAUUAGUUAGACUUCAGCUUAAUCGCUUUAAUUUUAUUCCUACUAUGGCUCACUUUUACAGUUACAUAGCCUUUCGAACAAGUGUGGAGUCGGUACCUUUAGCCCUUAACUCUCUUAAAUAUUUUGGAUAUGAAGUUCAGGAAAAGAAUGAA